UUUAGUCUGGGUUUUUAGAGGAAGAAAAGUGCUUUUUUUCUCUCCUCACUGGUUGCUCGCUCCAUGGGCAGCGCGGCAGCACCCCCCACUCGUGUCGCAGCUGGGGGCUUGGAGGGUCGGUCACAGCGGGGAUUUUUGGAGCUCUCGGUGUCGCGGCAGUGCCAGGUUUAAAGUGCCGGUGCUUGGGACAAACCGGGAUGUGAGCAGACGGCAUCUCCCCGUCCUCGCAGGUAGGAAAACUGAGCGGCUGCUGAGUGAGGAUCCCGAGGCCGCACAGGAAACCUGCGGCGGAGACUAAACCCCAGAUUUCCCGUUCGGCGCUUUUCGUGCCUGGCUGGGAUAGUGGUUUAACCUCACACUGCCGGGGUAAAGUCCUGCCGGGGCUGUGCCAGCUCCCAGCCAGAGCUCCUGCGGUGCAGCCGGGCGAGUGGCCAGGUGCCAGCAGACCGAGGCCUCUCCGCUGCGAGAGGGGGAUUUGGAGAGCAGGGAUGUCCCUGUGGAUGGGAUGUGUGUCCAAGGUGGAGACUGGCUGUGUGCUGCUCGGGUGUCACGUUGGCUUAGCAAGCUGGCCUGUGUGAGAAGUGGCCCUGUCCUGCUGCUCGGGGCACACUGUGUGCACCCUCCAGUCUCAGACAAUGUGGGUUUUCAAAGGAGUUCUCUGCCUUUCUGAUUAUGAUGGGAAACUUUUGGUGAAGAGCCCUGAGUCCUGGUGCUGCUGAGGCAACUGCAGGCACUUUAAAGAUGUGGGUGAGCACAGAGGAGGGGCAGGAGAACGACAGGCUCAGGACGUGGUCUCUGGUGCAGGUCCAGUGGCAAAUAUGAGCAUUUGUCAGCAACUCCUCGGGACAUCAUGAGUUUGCUGGAAUCUGGACAACAGAGCCCUUGCAAUAGCGCUUUCUAAAUUUGAAUUUGAUUUAAAUGAAGGAAAAAUAGUCCUCUGGAUCAAUUGUAGCGAUGGCUAGCAAAAGGAAAUCCACAACACCCUGCAUGAUACCAGUAAAAACGCUGGUGCUUCAGGAGACCGAACAGGAUGCUGGAGAAGAUGAUCAUGAAGGAACACAACCAGAGGCUCCUGCAGAAGGACCAGCAGCGAGCGAUGCUGGGGCCAGCAAUAAUAAUAAUAAUACUACUGGAGCUUUGUCCAACGGGCACCGCGGCAUCGCCGACAGUGACACUUUUAUCUGCAAGCCUUGUGACUUUGGGUCUCAAGACCUUCAGCAGUUCUUUGGGCACUUGGACUCUGAGCACUCGGACUUUGGCAAAGACCCCGCGUUCGCCUGUGUAGGGUGCAGCUUCCUGGCCAACAGCCACGAAGGGCUCUCGCACCACAACGCAGAGUCGCACGCCGGCGAGACCAGCUUUGUCUGGAGGCUGGUGAAGCAGGACAGUCGUACAACUGUGGAGCAAAGUCUGGAGGCCACCAGCAGCCAUGACCUGCCAGGAGAGGUCCCUGAGGAAGGGGCAGAUGGCCAGUCUGAAAUUAUCAUUACCAAAACGCCUAUCAUGAAGAUAAUGAAGGGUAAACCCGAGGCCAAAAAAAUCCACACGCUGAAGGAGAAUGUGUCAAGUCAGUUGGGCGGUGAGUCAGAGGUGAAGGAUGGAGAGCAUUCAUUCCCAAAUGGGUCCGUGCCAGUCAGCCAGCCCGCUGCAAGCUCAACAAAGUCAUCCCACAUAGUGAAUGGCUCCAUCAUAGGAAACGUGCCUGUUCUGCAGGCGGGUGUUGCACAGCUUGUGUCGCUGCAGCAGCAGCCCCCGCUGCAUCAGCAGCUCCCUACAUCCAAGUCCCUUCCCAAGGUGAUGAUCCCGCUGAGCAGCAUUCCCACGUACAAUGCCGCCAUGGACUCCAACAGCUUCCUGAAAAACUCUUUCAACAAGUUCCCCUACCCCACCAAAGCUGAGCUCUGCUACUUGACCGUGGUGACCAAGUACCCAGAAGAGCAGCUGAAGAUCUGGUUCACUGCCCAGAGGCUGAAGCAGGGCAUCAGCUGGUCACCAGAGGAAAUUGAAGAUGCCAGGAAGAAGAUGUUCAACACUGUUAUUCAGUCUGUGCCACAACCCACCAUUACAGUGUUGAACACGCCCCUGGUUGCAAAUCCUGGGACUGUUCCCCACCUCAUCCAGGCAACUUUGCCAGGCCACGUGGUGGGACAGCCAGAGGGGACAGGGGGGCUACUGGUCACACAGCCUAUCAUGGCAAACGGGUUGAAGGGCACCAGCUCCUCCUUCACCUUGGCAGUGACUUCUGUCCCCAAGCCGCAGCCGGCGGGGCAGCACAGCACCGUGAGCUCCAGCAACACAUCGGGGGUCAAGGUGGUCAACAGCGGCCAGUCCCUGCUCACCGCCUGCCCUGCCAUCUCCUCGCAGACCUUCCUGGAUCCCAACGUCUACAAAAACAAGAAAUCCCACGAGCAGCUCUCAGCCCUCAAAGGCAGCUUCUGCAGAAACCAGUUCCCCGGUCAGGCCGAAGUCGAGCGGCUGACAAAGAUCACGGGCUUGUCCACCAAGGAGAUCCGGAAAUGGUUCAGCGACAGGAGGUACCACUACAGGAACGUGAGAGGCGGCCGGGCCGUGUUCCCUGGAGACAGUGCUCUCGAUUCCCUGCCCGAAAUCCCUUUCGACGUGCCAGCCAGAGGGGCUGAGCUGAGCCCUGCAGCAGCAGCGGCCCCCCAGCACCCGGCACGGCGGCAGUCUUGGCACCAGGCACCCGACUUCACCCCCACCAAGUACAAGGAGCGAGCGCCCGAGCAGCUCAAGGCCCUGGAGAGCAGCUUUGCCCAAAAUCCCCUUCCUGCCGAGGAAGAGGUGAACCGCCUGCGGGGGGAAACGAAGAUGACGCGGAGGGAGAUCGACAGCUGGUUCUCAGAGAGAAGGAAGAAGAAGGUGGCGGAGGAGAAUAAGAAAGUGGAGGAGGUGGCUCAGCAGGAGGAGGAGGAGGCAGAGAAUGGCGGCGGGGAAGGGGAAGACUCCUCAGAUGAGCAGAGGGCCACGAGUGAAAACGGCUCAGUCGACGCCUCCGGCACCAACCUGAACUCGGCGGAGCGGAAGGUGAGUCCCAUCAAAAUCAACCUGAAAAACCUGCGAGUGACCGAGUCCAACGGCAAAAACGAGGUACCGGGGACCGGCGCAAAUGAGAAGGGGGACGGCAGCUCCAGCCGGCCGCCCACCCCUCCCAAAACCAAACUGAACUUCAAAAAAACGGCCCAGCAGCGGCAUCUGCUGAAGCAAAUGUUCGUGCAGACCCAGCGCCCCACGAACCAGGAGUAUGACGCCAUCGUGUCCCAGACGGGCCUGCCGCGGGCCGAGGUCAUUCGCUGGUUCGGGGACAGCCGCUAUGGCUACAAGAACGGGCAGCUGAAGUGGUAUGAGAACUACCGGCGGGGGGUCUUCCCCCCGGGGCUGGUGGAGGUCGGCGCCGCCGGCCGGGAGGUGCUGGAGGACUACUACGAGAAGCACAAGGGGCUGCGGGAGGAGGACGUGCCCGGCCUGUGCGAGCGCCCCCGCCUCGGCGCCCAGCAGCUCAAGGUGUGGUUUGCGGUGAAGGCGGAGGGGCAGGGCAGGGGCUCCGGGCCCGAGGCGGCCGGCAGCCGGAAAGGGCCGUCGGAGAGCAGCGAGGCCUGGGAGCCGGGCGGCCCGGAGGGCAGCGCCGCCACCCCCGACGCCCCCGGGCCGCCGCCUGCCGCAGGGCUGGAAACAGACUGAACUCAAACCACCAGCCCUGGAGGAUCCUCUCUUACCCUUGAGAAGAAAUUAGUGAUCUUUAAGAAGCCCAUGGGCCGGCCUGACCCAAGCCUGAGGAGCAGGACGUGGUGACGAAGCACUGCCAUCCAUGAGACCUUUGAGCACAGCACACAAGGCAGCACCUGCACAAGCUGGGCCCUCGAUGCUGAGCUCUCAGUGGCCCAGCUGGGAAGGCUGGGAGCUGGCUGAGGCAGGGGCUUAGCUCACACCCAGGAAAUAGGAUGCUCCUGUUUGCUUUCCAGUGACAGACUUUCAGAUUUCAUAUUCAUAUACCGAUGCCUACAGCUGCCUAUACAAGCAUAACAAAUCUCAGACAUUGUGUAAACAAGGUCAUUGCUUAGAUAUGGACUAUCAUGGCAUAGUAGUUGUUUCUUUUUUCUUUUUUUGUUUUUCCAUCUGUCCAUUAAGGUGUUUGUUCUCUAAAGGUUGUCAUGGCUGCAUAUAUCCUUUUCUGGUCCCUAAGCCCUGGCAGUGAAGGGCUUUGUGGGCACACAAGUGUGAGUGUAUUAUGAAAGGGAAGGGAUUUGAGAAGAAAACUGCCAGUCUUGAAUUUGAGUGAGAUUCUCAUCCCUCCAGAUAAGGUUAGAGUGAGCAUUGCAUAUUCUCUGAUAAGCAGCAGGUUCCCAGAUCUGGGCAGCCUAGCAGAUGGAGUUUGGUGUAAUUUGUCCCUUGCUGGCUAGAACACUUUCCCUUGUGCUCCUGGAGACUGACUGUAACAGGCUGUUAAAUCUCCAAGUCUCUCUUUAAUCUCUGAGAACUAGAACAUAAUAAUUUUUGCAUCCUGACCUGGAAUCCCUUUCUUUGUUUGGAGAGAACAGUCUAUUCUUCAGAGAACAAAUGCAGAGAGUCACAGUGUGGCUGUGAGUGGUUCAAGUCAUUGUCUCCAAGGCAGUGGCUCUGCUGCCAUUGGGAAGUUUCCUUCUUUCAGCCCUACGUGGCAGAUCCUCCUGCAGCACCACUGGUGAUUUCAAGUGUUUGUUCCAGUCCUUUUUGUUGUUUUUUUUUUUAAUUAUUUUCCCCCUUUUUUUCCCCCAGGCCAUGUGCAAUAUUUCUGGCAAAAGAGCAAAAUAAAUUUCCCAGUUAUCCUGCCUGCUGCCUGGUACCUGUACAUUUUUAAUGUGUGCUGUCUUGGAUGGUUGCUAUGUGAUGCAACUGAUUGAACAUUUUUGCUUUAAAUAUUCUUUUCUAAUACAAAACAAAGUAGAAGUCAAGAAGCUCUUGAGCUGAAUAGUCCAGCCAAAUGUUGUGUCAGAUCAUUCUGUCACAAGCUAAUCAAAUCCCAACUCCAAAUUGGUUCCAUGUUUUGCCUUCACUUUUGCUCUUGGAAGGCUAUUCCAGAAAUUGACUGCCUUUGAGUGGUUAGAAACUGUAUUUAAAUUUCUAGUUUGAAUUAAUUCAUGGCUGGUUCAUUCCUGGUUUGUUUUGGAGCCAACAUUGUCUUUUAACUUAAAUAGUUUUUGGUGUUUGUCUGCUGAUGUAUUUAUGGAGAGCAGUCAUAGCUCCUUAUUUUUUUGCCAAACCGACUUAGCCAAGAUUUUUCAGUAGAAGAUUUUUAUUUAGUGAGAGCUUUUUAAUGUGGGAGACUUUAUUGUUGGUGGUAAAUUAUAUUUAUUAGGAGGGUGGGUAGCAAACCCCAAAGGAUCGGCUCCAGAGAUUUACAAAAAAUCUGGUUUAAAAACAAAAGGCUCUUUCAGAACCUCUUCCAAAGAUGGUGUCUGAUUUCUACCUUUGAUUGCCCUUGCUUGUGCAAUUCUUUCUUCUCCCCCUCUUGGCGAGGCUGCCUUGUCCAGCUGCUGGAAGGGGCUGUGGCUGUUGAGUGCUUUGGCAGAGGCUUCCCCUCAUCUGGUGG